AUGGAGGAAAUAUUGUCCGAUCUGAUGGAGUUCUUCGUAAAACCCUCGAUAACCGAAACAUUCGUCGACAUAUUGCUUUGUGCAGUCCCGAUAUGGUUGGCCGUGAUGAUUGGCCUCGUGAUCGGCUGGUCAUGGCGGCCCAGGUGGACCGGUCUCCUGUACCUCGGCCUUCGGAGCAAGUUCCGGUUCCUCUGGACCGCGCCGCCGGGGUUCGGUGCCCGCCGCCUCUGGCUCGCCUUCACGGCGCUCUCCGCUUUCUCCCUUUGCCGUACGAUUUGGUCCACUUUCAAGGGGAAAGGGAAAGUAACGCCGCCGUCUGCUGGGGACUCGGCGGCUUCGGGUUCGGCAGCCGCCGCCGAGAGCGGCAUCGAGAUUGUUGGACUCAUUGCUAAAGGUGACAAGAGAGUCCAGGAUGUUGUCACAGAAACUGAUUUGGAGCACCUAGUGAGUUUAAUUGGAGGGAGAGAGGGAGAAGUGGAGUGGCAAAGCUUGAUGGAGAGGUCGACUGCAAGCAUGGCAUACAAAGCAUGGCGCCAUGAUCCUGAGACAGGUCCCACUGUAUACUGUAGCAGAACUUUCUUUGAGGAUGCAACUCCGGAGUUGGUUAGAGAUUUUUUCUGGGAUGAUGAGUUUCGACCUAAAUGGGAUCCGAUGCUCACAUACUGUAAGAUAUUGGAGGAAUGCCCACAGACUGGAACAAUGAUUGUUCACUGGAUUAAAAAGUUCCCUUUUUUCUGCAGUGAUCGGGAAUAUUUAAUUGGUCGAAGAAUAUGGGAGGCUGGAAAAACUUAUUAUUGUUUGACAAAGGGUGUUCCAUAUCCAAGUUUGCCUAAGCGUGACAAGCCCAGACGUGUGGAACAAUAUUUCUCUAGUUGGAUAAUCAAGGCUGUGGAGUCUCGGAAAGGAGAUGGACAGUUAACUGCAUGUGAGGUUACCCUCGUACACUAUGAAGACAUGGGCAUCCCCAAAGAUGUGGCAAAGUUGGGCGUCCGUCAUGGGAUGUGGUCCACUGUCAAAAAAUUACACUCUGGUAUGAGAGCAUACCAGAAUGCGAGGAAAUCAGAGGCUUGUCUGUCGCAAAGUGCCCAGAUGGCCAAAAUCACCACAAAGGUAUCCUCCCAUGGAAGCAUGAAUUAUUUGGAGCCGACACCCGGAGAAGAGGAAAAAGGUCAAAUCCCAAACAAUAAAAGACCAAAUGAAAACGGCAUUGAUUGGAAAUGGAUAGUUAUAGGUGGAUCUGUGGCUCUGGUUUGUGGACUUCACACAGGUGCAAUAGGGAAGGGGUUGUUACUUGGAGCAGGGCAGAGAUUCGCCCGAAGGAGAUGAGAGGACCGUGCGAAGACUUAUUCCAGCCAAUCGCACACGUAAUCUGCCACUCUGUUUCUAUAUUCUUGAAUUUUAUUUCCACAUCAACCCAUUAAUUGUUACAAAUUAUGAUAAAAUUAUGCGGUAAAUUUUUUGUAUUGGCUUCAAGCCUUCAACAUCAUGUCUAUGUGUACCUUAUGUUCGUUAAUCUUAUUCCUUAUCGACA